AUGGGUGUUCGCCCUUUGAUUCGCAGGGCCCGUGUGGUCUUCCGUCGUAUGUCGGCCGAUGAGAAUGACGAUAUAUCUCUCGACCAACAUCCGGACAACUCAGAUUCCAAAGUCCGACCGACCCCCAGCUACACCAGUUCCGCGGCGUGUGGGGAGAUCCCGGAUGGGAGUGCGCAACAUGGUGUUCAGGAUGUUGAGGCUGUCACCAUGGCUUGGUCGAAGAAGACUUUGAUCGCGGUUUUCAUCAACAUCUGGUUUUUGUACUUCGCAAAUGCGUUUCAAUCAACGGUCACCGCAACCCUCAAUCCUUAUGUGACAAGCUCGUUUCAGAAACACUCGUUGUCUGCAGUCCCCACCGCGCUGGGUGAUGCAUUCGCCGCGGCUACGUAUCUGCCGGUUGCUAAAAUGAUGGACGUGUGGGGUCGUGCCGAAGGCUUCUUGUUGAUGGUGAUUUGCGCAACCAUUGGACUGGUGCUCAUGGCGACAUGCCACAGUUUUGAAAUUUAUUGUGCAGCCAAUGUCUUCUAUUAUGCCGGCUUUUACGGAAUGGAAUACGCCGUCGAUGUCGUAACGGCUGAUGUCUCGACUCUAAGGAAUCGUGCUUUCGCCUACGCCUUCACUUCCUCGCCCUACAUUAUCACCGCAUUCGCGGGUCCCAAGGUUGCGGAACAGUUCUACUAUGACAUCUCCUGGAGAUGGGGCUUUGGUUGCUGGGCAAUCAUUAUGCCAGUCUUCGCGGCCCCCUUAUACGGAAUGCUAAAAUGGAAUCUCCACAAAGCAGAAGAAGAAGGAUACCGCAUUAAGAGACCUAGCGGACGCACAAUCUGGGAGAGCGUUUGUCAUUGGACUAUCGAAUUUGACGUUAUGGGAGUCUUUGUGUUCACAGCAGGUCUCGUGCUAUUCGAGCUUCCGUUCGACAUCGCUGACUACGCUCCUGAUGGUUGGGCUUCUCCAUACAUUAUUGCUAUGGUUGUUGUUGGAUUUUGCACACUUUUCUUCUUCGGAAUUUGGGAACGCUGGCUGGCCCCAGUCCCUCUGUUCGAGUGGCGACUCCUCACGAAUCGGACAAUCAUUGGUGCCGUCUUGCUUGACGCGACCUACCAACUUUCGAAUUAUUGCUGGAGUUAUUACUUCACGUCCUGGCUACAAGUGAACAACGACCUCAGCAUUACAACCUCGAAUUACAUUGUCAACAUCUUUGACAUGGUCUCGGGUGUGCUUCUACUUUUUACCGGUUGGCUGAUCCGCAAGGUUGGGCGCUUCAAGUGGACCUUGUACAUUGCGGUUCCACUCUACAUUCUUGCCCAAGGCUUGAUGAUUUACUUCCGUCGACCAAACAUGAACGUCGGCUACCAAGUGAUGUGCCAAAUUUUCCUCGCAAUAAGUGGGUCGACGUUCAUUUUGGUUGAGCAACUCGCGAUUUUGGCAGCUGUCGAUCAUCAACAUGUGGCUACCGCUCUUGCGCUAUUGAACGUUGUCGGCACUAUUGGUGACAGUGCGGGUCUUACCAUCAGCACCGUCAUAUGGCAGAACACCUAUCUGAAGGCCCUGAGAAAUUACCUUCCUGAAUCGGCAUUGCCGGAUUUGAACAAAAUCUACGAGGACCUCGUCACACAACGGAGCUACCCUGUUGGAAGCCCCACCCGAGAGGCUAUUCAAAAUGCUUAUGCCUACUCCGAGCUGCGGCUUCUCUCGGUCGGGUGUGGCAUCAUUGUCUUAGCAGUCCCAUGGACUAUGCUAAUGAGGGACAUUGAUCUCAGGAGAAAGCCUCAGGUUCGUGGGACUGUUUUCUAA